GACCUUUGCGGGAUACACUGAGCCUCAAUUUCUCUUGUUAUAUUAUUGAUCGUCAUAUCACUUAACGUUCAUUGGUAGCAUAAUAUCCUGGGGUAUCGGAAUCUUUUCUAACUUUGGGCUGUAGAGGAGAAGGGCGGAACCGGUUUGGCCAUUACACUGCAUAAAGAAGUUGUUGUUAUAUCCUCUCUUCUCCUCUGCAUCUUCUUUCUCUCUAACCUUUUUUAUUAUCACAUUGUUUCGAAAGUUCCUUAUCUUUCACAUUGUGAGGAUAGAUGGAAUUAGUUGGAUUAAUACCGUCUGAUGUUUGAAAUCUUCAUUUUAUAACUCAAUUAUUAUCAUCUAAGUGAUAGGACCUCAUCAAAGCCAUGGCGUUGAAGGGCUCAAUUAGAGAUCUUUUGGUCUCUAUGAUCGGUGAAUUUGUUGGAACAUUUCUAUUCCUCUUUUUCGCAUUCGCUGCGGCACAAACAGCGAAUCAACCCAACGGAACCACACCUCUUACACCCAACGCAACCGAUACAUCAAAACUUCUCUUUAUUGCCCUUGCAUUCAGCGCCAGUCUCGCAGCAAACGUUUGGAUCUUUUUUCGUGUCAGUGGUGGGCAGUUUAAUCCGGCUGUGACGCUUGCACUCGUGAUCAUCAGAGCGGUGUCUCCAUUGAAAGCAUUGAUACUUAUUCCUGCUCAACUUGUGGGUGGAAGCUUAGCUGCUGCGGCAGUUAAAGGUAUUAUACCGGGUAAUGAUAUACUUUUCGCAGUAUCACUCGGACCAGGUGUCACACACGGUAAGCAUCAAGAGAUUUAAUGAAGCAUGAGGUAUGAACUAAUUUAUUCGAAUAAAAGUUCAAGGCCUGUUUAUCGAACUCCUUUUAACCUUUAUGCUCGUUAUCACCAUCCUCAUGCUUGUUGCUGAGAAAACGAAGUCCACCUUUCUCGCACCCAUUGGUAUUGGAUUUUCUCUCUUCAUUGGUCAUCUCGUCGGUAUAUUCUGGACAGGAGCAGGAAUUAAUCCUGCCAGAGCAUUUUCACCAGCCCUCGUUCAAGCCUCAUUCCCAGGCUAUCAUUGGAUCUACUGGCUUGGUCCUGCUUUAGGAUCGUGCCUUGCCGCAGCAUUGUACCUGGGAUUAAAAGCAAUGAAGUAUGAAUUAGUGGGUGGAGAUGCGGAUAAAGAAAAAGGGGAGGAAGGUUUAACUAUGCAGCAGGCAGACGUUAUCUUAGAAACUCUUCGUGGAUUACCUAGAUCGAUGCAAAGUUCGGGGACUGCUAUAGGACGGUCUGAUGGCAUGACAGAAGGUCAAAGAGAUUGGUGGAGGUUGAGUGGCCUGGACAUGUAUAAGAUGGAUGAGAUGAAGGCUCAUUAUGGAAGUGAGAACCGAGACCCCACGGACUUGGAAAGGGGUUUCGAUGUCAGAGUGUUGGGGGAUGAUAUGAAGAUUCGGAAGAGUCGAUUCGGGACUAACGAUCCUGCUAAUUUCCCUACCUGGGUCAAGUAGUCCCUUUUAUGGCGAUAUGACAUUCGUUUUGAGUGCUGUAAGAUAGCAUUGAUUUAAUUGUCCGUUUGGCAACAGAUGGGAAGGGGCAGUGGACGGAAGGUGGAUGGCACGGAUUAAGAGCAGCAGGGGAUUGGUAUGGACAAGUACGGGCAUAUACCAGAUGACGACGAUUAUGAUCUAUUCAUUUACGAAUCUUCUUUGUUGUGGGAAUAACGACUAGUCAUUUGAGCAAUGGGCGUUCGAGGGAAGGUUUUGAUGUAAGAAGCAAGGAUGGCAAUUAUUGGAUCUACAUACACCGCAAGCUACAUUCAAGUCAACGCCGAAUGAUUUUUUUAAUUCUACACUACGCUCCUUAUAAUUUUAAU